AUGAAUCAUACAAGCUACACUCAGUACGACCAAGGAACUUGGGACUGGGCGUUGCAGAACCUGCUGGAAACCUUCGGCCCUCAACCUUCUGCCUCCGUCCCUCAGAUACCCCAACACACAAUGCAACAAGCAACGAUGCGGCACGUCUACCCACCGGCAUCGUCGCAAGCUACGACGACCCAGCAGCUCAAUGGCGCGUGUCCGAACUACUACGAUGCACAACCACAGUUCGCGUAUCCCUUUGUUCCUCAAGACAACCUUCCGUCUCUGAUGCAACCGCACUCAACGAAUGCCCACACCAACAUCAACAAUUCCGACUGGAACUUCAACUUCACCUUCCCCUCCUACCUAGCGAACCCGUGCUCCUCUCAGGCUCCCCUCCCUAGGCAGACAAAGCCUUUGCCACGGCGUGUAGCUGCGAUGGAGCCUGAGAUGCCCCACUUGGCCCCACAAGCUCCCCCCGUCUCGUCGGAACCCUUUAGACCGCCCGGCUUCAUGUUCGCUCCGUCGAAUCCCCGGCCGGCGACUCCGGGUCAGAGGGCAUCGCCAGGCGGGAUGCGAUCUGAUACCACGGCUUCGUCUGCUGCUGCUCAUCGCACUCCGUCCCCUGGCUCGUCUAGUGUACCUUCAUCCAACAUCCCUCCAGAGACCUCUACUCCGCCGGCUGUGCAUGAGACUAGCUCCGAGGAUGCCGCUUCUCUCGAAGCUCUGCUCCGCUUCGCUGCGUCCGUACGCGCAGAGGCGGCAGCGAAGAAAAAGUCAACCUCUUCUCGAAAGAGGAAGGCCCCGCAGCAGGACGCCCCGACGAAAAAGAAGACCAAGACAGGCACCUCGAAGUCUGUCUCAAAUACAACGCGCAAGACCGCAUCCGUGGUCCAGCAACAACACCAAAUUUCAGCGGAGAGACCCGAAGGCAGGGAGGUCCCCACGCCCGAAGAGCCCCUCCCCUUGAAUCCCAGUGGUGCCACUGGACCGAUUCCGCACACGGACGACCAGGUUGCCCAGACGUCGACGCCGCCUGAUCAAAAACUUCGUUGCCCCAUCCCCGGCUGUUACGAGAAGAAACCCAAGAUCUACAACCGGGAUCUGGACGUCUACCGCCAUAUCUGCACCGUCAACCGCCACAAAGCCGAACGCGCCAAACCAGGUUGGGAAAAGCGCUGGGGCAUCCCUGACGACUAUCACGGAAAGUUGGUGGCGUGUCCGUACACCAGCUGUGAGGAGAACUGUGAGGGACGUGAGAUCCGCAGGGACAGGCUGAAUAAGCAUAUGCGGCGGGAGCACGGUAUGGAUUUGGAAGAGUGGCGCUGUAGGGUCCGUGUCUUGACUCGGCGGAUGAAGAAAGCGGGCACCUGGACCGAGGAGGACGCGACUAGGAAGUAUUGGAAGUACGAAGAGGAGGUGGACAACUUCCAGUACCUACCAAGCGAUUGA